CCGGGAGCAGCGGGAGGCGGUGGCCGGUUCUCUCGGUGCCGGCGGCCUGUCCCCGCGGCGGGGCGGCCUGGGGCCGGGGCGAUGCCGCCGGAGGAGUCCGAUCUGUCGCUCAUUAUCGCCCACGUCGUCCAGAAGCUGAAGGGCUCCAGUCUGUACGCGCAGCUGGAACGGCAAGCCUGGGCCAGUCUUCAGAGACCUGAGAUUAGACUUGAAUCACUAAAAGAAGAUAUUAAGGAAUUCUUUAAAAUAUCAGGUUGGGAGAAGAAACUUCAGAAUGCUGUUUAUAGUGAACUCAGUGUGUGUCCCUUACCAAGCCAUCCUGCUGCACCUCCUGAACAUCUGAAGGAGCCCUUGGUGUACAUGAGAAAAGCACAGGGAAGUUGGGAAAAAAGAAUUUUGAAGAGUUUAAAUAGUAUGUGCACGGAAUUGAGUAUUCCAUUGGCACGAAAGAGACCAGCUUUAGAACAGAAAGAACUUCUUAAUAAAUGGAAUGAAAUGGGAACCGAUGAACCAGAUUUAAGCCUUUUUCGACCUGUUUAUGCACCCAAGGAUUUUCUUGAGGUUUUAAUUAAUCUUCGCAACCCAAAUUAUGAAAAUGGUGAUUCUCUUGGUUUCAGGACUCAUUUGGGUUUAAUCCAAGUUCCUCUGAAAGUAAAAGACAUUCCAGAGUUGAAAGAAUGUUUUGUAGAACUUGGCUUAACUACAGGACAGCUGGGCAUCGAUGAUUCUACACAAGUGCCUCCUGAACUUUUUGAAAAUGAGCAUGUGCGUAUUGGGCAGAAAGUUCUCGUGGAGCAAGAUAGUGCCGCUGCUCAACAGUACAUCAGGCAAGGUAGCCCCACAGCACUGAGAGCGGAACUGUGGGCUCUCAUUCUCAAUGUCUCCAGUCAGCCAGAGGAUGUCUUGUAUUAUGAGCAGCUUAAGACCAAUGUGAUACAACAUGACCUUUUGGUGGACAGUCUAAUUUAUAAGGAUGUAAAGUUGACCGCAAGUAAUGAUGAUUAUUAUUUUGUAUUUGAAGAUUAUUUAUAUCAGGUAUUGCUUUGUUUUUCCCGGGAUACAUCUGUUCUGGGUCACUUUUCAUACAACAGUGCUUCACCACCAAAAUCCUACAUAAGAGGAAAACUAGGAUUAGAGGAAUAUGCUGUCUUUUAUCCACCAAAUGGUGUAAUCCCUUUUCAUGGAUUUUCCAUGUAUGUUGCGCCACUCUGCUUUCUGUACCAUGAACCUUACAAAUUAUAUCAGAUAUUCCGAGAGAUGUAUGUUCGCUUUUUCUUCAGACUCCAUUCCAUCUCUUCUCAUCCUUCUGGCAUUGUAUCCCUCUGCUUGCUGUUUGAAACCCUUCUUCAAACAUAUCUCCCCCAACUCUUUUAUCAUCUGCGGGAAAUUGGGGCUCAGCCACUUCGCAUAUCAUUUAAGUGGAUGGUUCGAGCUUUCUCUGGAUACUUAGCUACAGACCAACUCUUGCUCUUGUGGGAUCGAAUCCUAGGAUACAAUUCUCUGGAAAUUCUUGCUGUCCUGGCAGCUGCCGUGUUUGCUUUCCGAGCAGUGAACCUGAUGGAGGUGACAUCACUGGCCGCAGCCGAGGCAGUUCUUGCUGACCUUUCUACAUUAAAAGUUAUGCCUCUUCUUCAAAUUUUUCUGUUUGCUACUGUCACCUGAUCUUCUUCAAGGUCACUGACAACACAGCUAGUUUUUCAUUAGAAACUAAUCAUGAACUAUGCAAACUCUGCAUAAAACCAAAAUUAAACUUCGCAUAUAAGCCAAUAAAGAUCAUGUUCCCGCCUCAGUUAGAGCUAAGUAGUUUUUCUGAAACAAUAACUCUACACACCAAAAAUUUCAUUGCAUGCCACUGACUGAUUGUCAAGAGAGAAGCAAUACACACAACUUCUGCUAAGUUGAGCACACUGUAUAUACAAUUCUGACUUGUAAAAGGCAUGUAACAAGAUAUGCACCAAGCACUGAAGACACGGUAAUACAUUUCAAGAGGUAAUGGAGCUUGUGGGACAGUUUUUUUUGUUAGUCUGUAACUUUACCCUACAUGGGUAUUGUUUUCAUCUUACAAAUUGUUCUGCACUCAGAUCCAGGCAUGGGAUAAAAGGUGAGAAGACUUGAGCAAGAUAAUGUCUUUAGUAAAAUUGAAAAAUGUUGUUUUUAUAAAUUUGUCACGUGCUAGGGAUUUUUCUAGAUUCCCUUACCAUUUUAUUUCUCCUUGAGCAUUUCUACCGGAGAAUGUCAAACAAAAUCCAUCCGAUGUGAA